AUGCGUCAAGCAACAGCAAUCGCCCUACUCAGUCUCCUGGCCCUCCUCAUCAAUAUGGCCCUCGCCGCACCCCUGUUCCCCAACGGAAACUACGUCAUCUUCCGCGGCACCAACCACAAUCCGGCUGGCUACACAUACUUCACUGCCAGCCCCAACCCUGCCAACUGGGCCGUCACCAUCGAGCCCAAAUCCACCACCCCCAACAAGCUCCAAGUCUGGAAGCUCCGAAACCAUUCCUCCGGUUCCAUCUCCCUCGAGCUCGUCGGAAAAAAAGGUUACUACCUCGGUGAAGGGCGCUCUGGUGGACUGCCCGGUGCCUACCUGGGCACCAACAAUGCGUCCCAGCAGAAAUGGAAGAUUACCAAAGUUUUGGGUGGUGAUUUGACAAAGUACAAGUUGACUUUCCCGAGAAAGUUUAAUAACAGGACGUUGGUUGCUUGGCAAUCGCCCGAUUCGACAACCCCUACUCGCGUUGCGCUGGCAUAUGAGGACCUGGAGAUCACUCAGGCUUUCAAGCUCGGUUCUGUUUAG